AUGGUAGCGGGCGGGCAGGCGAACGGGGCGGUCGUGCCGGGGAUCUCGGAUGCCGAUGAGCUUGGACGCGACACAGAAGAUCGGGAGGCGGUGGAGGAGCAGAAAACGGAAUUCGAUGACGAGGCUGGGUACAAGAAUUUGAUGUUCCAUGAGGUGCCGAACUCGGCAGUGGGAGAGCGGGAGACUGAGCAGGAGCAGGGUGGGAGGAGGAAGUCGUUUAUGCAGGAUCCGCAGUUGGAUAUAUGGCGGAAGGAGUUCAAACAGGCGUUCCGGAAAGUGGCUGUGCUGUCGCGGUUGAAAGGGAUGCGCGGUGGGCGGCAGCGACGGCGCGAGUCGGUGGCGUUGCAGCACGCGGGUGGCGACGAGAGAGACAAGUAUACGCAGCGGUUGGCAUCGGAUCUGAUAGAUUCGCUGAUGGCGGGUUGUCCUGCGGCUUUGUUUCCGAGUACGCAGUUUUUGCGCGACGAACACGGGCAGCGAAGAGCGCCGUUGUUGCUGGCGAUGCUGGGCGUUCGGGUGGAGCCGCUGUAUUUCAACGGGGAUCCGGACGGCGCAAACAAGGGUGCUGACAACGCGGUCGGGCAUGAUGAGGAGGACGAUUACAGCUCAGUGUUCAGUGGUAUCUUUAGCAAGGGCGAAGACGACACGAAGAAGUUCUUCAAGGUACAUCUCGAGUACGGGAUUGGCGAGAAUCGUCUCAAGUGGUGUGUUAUCAAGAGCUACAAAGACCUCAGUACCCUGCAUGGGAAGCUGAAACUGGUGUCUUUCCAACAAAACACCAUAAACAAGCUGUACAUCGAUCGCAAUGGGUAUCAUCGGUUCCGGCUACCGCAUUUCCCCAGGAAGGACGACCAUGAAAAGAGCAUGUUUCAAAACAGGAAGAGUGGGCUUAAACGUGUGAGCACUUCUGCUACUGCCAGCUCCGUUAAUUCGUCGCUGAACUUAGCCAUGGACCGCAUAUGCGUGAAGCAUUUACAGGACUUGAUUGACGAACCAGAGGAUUUGAAUCAACCGAUGCAUUUAAGAGUCGAAAGAUACUUGCGAUUGUUGAACAUUGCUCUUUGUCUGCGACCGCAGGCCAAUCGACUGUUCCAGUUCUACGAACUAUCGCCGAUUGGAAAUCUCUUGAGUUACGAGGAAAACCACCAGAGUAAACAGGGCUAUUUGAUUAUUAGGUCAACGGCAAAGGCUCAAGGAUGGCGCGUCUCUCAUUUCAGAGUUAACGAUUUAAGAGAUAUGAUAGAACGACAUACCACAAAGUGGUUUCUAGUGCGGCACUCGUAUAUCCUUUACGUGUCAGACCUGCAUUCGACGACACCUCUUGAUGUUUUCCUUAUGGAUUCGAAAUUCAGAAUUAAGUUCUCAGGCUCUAGGAAGGAUAAGGAGAGUUCGAAUACUACUGAACCCGACUGGAACGGUAAAAGUUACAGCAAGAUCACCACUAAACUGCUGAUCACCUUGUAUAAUGGUGAAAGGAAAAUGCAAAUCAUAUGCAGAUCUGAGUCCUCAUUGAAACAAUGGGUUUCGUCAAUUACCCACGUUGCCAACCAAACUAUCUGGACCAAACCACAUCGAUUUGACAGUUUUGCUCCAGUUAGAAAGAACGCUUUCUGUAAAUUUCUCGUUGACGGGAGAGAUUAUUUUUGGGCCUUAAGUGAAGCGCUCAAUAUGGCACAGGACGUCAUUUAUAUUCACGAUUGGUGGCUUUCCCCCGAGCUGUAUAUGCGUCGGCCUGUAAAUGGGAAUCAAGAGUUCAGAAUCGAUAGAAUUUUGAAAGAGAGAGCUGAAAAGGGAGUCAAAAUCUUCAUUGUAGUGUACAGAAAUGUGGGUAACAUUGUCGGGACUGAUAGUUUAUGGACGAAGCAUUCAAUGUUAAGUUUGCAUCAUAAUAUCCAUCUUAUAAGAUCCCCCAACCAGUGGCUACAAAACACCUAUUUUUGGGCACAUCACGAAAAAAUGACCGUCAUCGAUAACACCAUAGCUUUUAUGGGAGGAAUCGAUCUAUGCUAUGGCCGCUACGAUACCCCUGAACAUGUUUUGAGGGAUGAUCAUGAAAACCUCAACGACCAGAACUUUCCAGGUAAGGAUUAUUCAAACGCGCGCAUUUGCGAUUUCCAUGAUUUGGAUAAGCCUUUUGAGUCAAUGUACGAUCGAAAAAAGAUUCCGAGGAUGCCAUGGCAUGAUGUUCAUAUGAUGACAGUUGGUGAAGCUGCGAGAGAUAUGGCAAGACAUUUUGUUCAGAGAUGGAACUACUUACUUCGACAGAAGAGGCCCAGCCGACCAACGCCCUUGUUAACCCCACCAUGCGACUUUACGAGGACACAGCUGAAAAACUCACCUUUUUUCAGGAUGUUGAAGCCAAGAUCGACAUGCGAAGUGCAAGUGCUAAGAAGCGCGGGUUCAUGGUCUUUAGGUUUGAAAGAGACUGAAAAAUCAAUUCAGAAUGCUUAUUUGAAACUAAUUGAGACAAGUGAGCAUUUCAUUUAUAUUGAAAACCAGUUUUUCGUCACGACCUCGCAUUGGGAUAGUGUCAUUAUUGAGAAUAAAAUUGGUGACGCCAUCGUAGAUCGUAUUAUAAGAGCCAACAGUGAAGGCCGAACAUGGAAGGCAUUUAUCAUGAUCCCGUUGAUGCCUGGCUUCGAUUCACCGAUUGAUCAACCGGAAGCUUCAAGUGUUCGUGUCAUCAUGCAAUGCCAAUAUCAAUCUAUCUCCCGUGGAGAAACGUCGAUUUUCUCCCGAUUAAAAAAGGUUAAUAUAGAUCCUUUACAGUACAUCCAGUUUUUCUCUUUGCGAAAAUGGUCCACCAUUGGAAAGAACGAUAAAUUGGUGACUGAGCAACUUUACGUUCACGCGAAAGUGCUGAUAGUCGAUGAUCGUAGUUGUAUCAUUGGCAGCGCAAAUAUCAAUGAAAGAUCACAACUGGGCAACCGUGAUAGUGAAGUCGCCAUGAUAAUUAGGGACACUGAUUUAGUCAAGUCUAAGAUGAACGACAAGGAUUACUACGCUGGAAGAUUUGCAUUUGAGUUGAGAAAGAGGUUAAUGCGAGAGCACUUGGGUUGCAAUGUGGAUCUUGUUGAGAUUGUCGAGAGACUGUUUGGUCAUCUCGAGGAACUGGCAAAAAUGAAUUACAAAACUCUUCAUACCGCCGCCGAUCAAUCGAAGAAAAACGAAAAGCUGAACUCAGCCAUGAUAGAGUUAGCUUAUCGUGAGGUAUUCGACGUGGAGCACAGUGAGGCAUGGGAGAUCAGAUAUGCAAACGAUCCACAAUCUGGCGAUAAUGGUAUUGUUAAUUUUACAAGCAAUGAUGACACCACUGCUGGUGGACCAUUAAAUUCAGUAAGCCAGGAACUAAAUGGAAAAUCCAAGCUUCCUGAUAGGGAAGCCUCAAGCACAACUAUUAAGAAUUAUCACUCUUUCAAUUAUCGAGCUGGCGAAGAAAACAUCGGUAUACGUGACAAUAAACCCAUCAGUACUGAUCCUAGGUUAACCAAUAAUGAGAAACACAGGGACGACGUUGCGGGCUUAGGAGUGGAUGGAUGGAAGAAAGUUACUAAGAAAUUCAAGGAAAAUGUCACGGAGCAGCUACGCGAUUGGGCAGUUGCUGCUCUAGGCUCGGAUUCAGCGAAACAUAAGAAAGAGGCACGUUUAUCUUUCUUACCGGACAGAAAUGAUAUUGAAGAAUACUUGCGGGAUGAUUUGAUCACGUAUGAGCAAAAGUGGGACAUGUUAAAAAGAAUUACUUACUUACAACAUCUGGCAUACAAAAAUAUGGAGAAUGCUAAAGUCAACAGCAGUACAGGUUCUGCGGGUACCGAUUUUAAGUACAGCAAUGAAUCGAAAGCGAAUCACAAGGCUCAUGACGAGAUCUUAGAGGAGCAGGAACUCGAUGAUGACUGUAUUGAUGAACUAUUGGUGCAGAUGGCACCAAACUUUCAAACGCGUGAGACUUUCAGCCAGAAACUACUCAACUUGAGAUUUAUUGAUCCCUAUUCUUUUGAUGACCCGAUUUGCGGUUCUUUUUACGAGGAUAUGUGGUUUUCUAUCGCAUUGCGAAACAGUUUGCUGUUCCGCCUUGUGUUUCACUGCCAGCCAGAUAACGCAGUACAGUCUUGGAGAGACUACAAGGAAUACAACAGAAUGGCUCAAGAAUUUUCCGAUAAUCAGGACGCUUUGAUAGAAUUAGAGAAGUUCACGAGACCUACCGCUAGUUCUGGCAAUACUUUUUCAACGGCAGAUGCGCUUGGAAAAGGUGAUCUGCCGGUCAGAAAAGACGCUACUGGCUCUGUUGAGAGAGGUACCACGAUAGGCGAGGUACCGCAAAGCGUAAUACACAAUGACAUAACCAGCAUGGCCGACGCCAGAGCUAAUGCUGCACAAAGCAGGCGUUCAAAAGCAACCGCUUUGAGGAUGAGACUGUCUGGAAGUCUAUUGUUCGGCUUCAAUCAAAGAAUCUUUGACAAAUACACAGCAAGGCGAAUACUGGAAAGAGUACAUGGACAUCUGGUUGUAUUUCCAACUGAGUGGCUGGCAAAGGAGGUCGAAUCAAAGAAUUGGUUUUACAAUGUUGAUAGAAUUCCUCCAAUUGAUAUCUAUGAUUGA